UGUAAACUUUGUCCACGAGCUCAGUCAGUUGGCGGCGGAGCGUUGAACGGUUGCUACUGCGUCUGUCUCUGUGCCGUAACGGGAGCCCCUCCGUUAAUCAUGUCCGACUAACGGUUUCAUUCGGUAAUUUCGGUGAAGCGAGAGAUAAAUUGAAUCCCGGAGAAAAGCCGGUUGGAGAAAUGGAGGCUGUGAGCAAGUGGACCCCGCAACAAGUGGUGGACUGGAUCCGAGGGCUGGACGACAGCCUGCAGCCGUACAUCCCGUCCUUCCAGCGGCAGCAGGUGGACGGGGAGAAGCUGCUCAGGAUGUCCCACCAGGAGCUGCUGUCUCUGGGCAUGGCGCGGGUCGGACACCAGGAGCUGUUGCUGGAGGCCGUGGAUCUGCUCUGCGCUCUGAACUACGGCGUGGAGAAGGACAACCUGAAGACUCUGGUGGGGAAGAUGAGAGCGGCGCACCACAACCUGAACAGCUCGGUGUCGCAGCGCAGGAAGAACCCGGCCUACCACUGCAAAAUCUCCCAUCAGCCCUCCAACGAGUUCCUGACCGCCGUGGUCGAGCUGAUCGGCGCCGCCAAGAGUCUGCUGGCCUGGCUGGACAGGACUCCGCUGACGAGCGCCAACGACUUCACCUCCACCAAAAGCCGAAUCAUCCAGCUGUGUCUGGAGCUCACCUCCACCGUGCAGAAGGACUGCACUGUUUAUGAGAUCGAGGAGAAGAUUCUGGAAGUGUCCCGAGCUCUGAACGCCGUCUGCGAGAAGACGGCCCAGGCGGCCUCGGACCCCUCCGCGAGCGGGUUGUCCUGUCUGGAGGAGGUGCACAUCACCAACAUCAAGCCUGGCGAGGGACUGGGUAUUUACAUAAAAUCCACCUACGACGGGCUUCACGUCAUCACAGGAACAACGGAGAAUUCUCCUGCAGAUAAAACUCAGAGGAUUCAUGCUGGAGAUGAAGUGGUUCAGGUCAACAAACAGACCGUGGUGGGCUGGCAGUUGAAGCACCUGGUGGAGAAGCUGAGGGCGGAGUCUGGCGGCGUCGUCCUGGUGGUGAAGAAGAGGCCGUCGGGAACGAGUGGCUUCGCUCCCGCGCCGCUGAAAAACCUGCGCUGGAGGCCUCCGCUCAUACAGACCUCUCAGCGAGCUCCGGGUCUCCACAGAUCCCAACAGCCAGAAACAUCCGACCCUCCUGGGAAGAGAGGGACGACGGCCACAUUGGAUCUGUACGUCCCUCCUCCCCCUGCGGCCCCGUACGCACCGCUAGACGGGGACGUGAUCGUGUCUCCGGGUGUGAAAAUGAGGCCCAAGUCUCCGAACUCGUGUCUGGACGCAGACGUGCGGCGGCGCUCCGCCGUCGGCGACGACAAACGGACGUCCGUCAGGUCCCCCCCGCCUGAACACAACCAACCAAUCGCUGUGUGCCUUCGACAGCGCUCGUCUACACGCUGUAAACCUCGACCCGUCUCCAUGCCGGUGGAGUCGUUUUCAGGGGACCCGUCCUCCAGGCCCGGGGCUCGGGGAAGGAAAGGGCAGGACGUCCUGCACAGAUAUCUGAGCAACGAGGGUAUCAGCACCAUCACAGAGGAGGAGCCGUGUUUCCCUCUGCCGUACCGAGGACACCCGUCCAUCCGCGGCGUGGACCACAUCCGAGGCAGCCAGUGCUUCAUCAACGCCAACCUGCACAACAGCGCCACCAUCCCUUACCAGGAAGCCGCGUCCAAGAAGUCUGCUGCCUCCACCUCCCCCUCUGCUGCUGUUUCUCCCCCCGCGGCUGUAACCAAACAGUCCACUUCGCUGCUCGGAGGCUGGCUGGCUCGUCUCAGGCUGCUCAGCCACUGACGGAGUCUCAGCGGCCAUUUUUAUUAGAUAAAAUGCAUGAUCCUCAGGAUGUCUACAGGAAAAACAGAGGUUUUUAAAUGUCUGUUAGUUCAAGACCUUCAGCAAAUAAUUAGUCCAAUACGAACAGCUCAUGGAAAACCAACUUCUGGUACCAACCAAAGAUCUAAAAAGUCAACGCCAGAGCAAAGAAAUGCCACAGAGCAACAGUUGAUUGUUUUUCUACAUCGACCAGGACCAUUUUUAUUCAGUUUAUUGUCACCAUGAACUUCAUACUAGAGACUCCAUGUUGACACUUAAUUUUCCACUUAAAAUAAUUCAAAAUAGGAAAUUAGAAAAAUUCAAUUCAAGCUCUAAAGACAGCUCAACAGUAAUUAUGUAUUUCACUGUGGCUUUAAAUUAGUAUUACAUUAUCUACACCAGUUCUGAAUUUGAACCAGUUUCUUUUGUGUAUAUAAAAAACUGUGAAUUGGUUAACAAACACACGUUGCGACGUCGCUUUUUGAAUGCUGAAAACAAACUUUCUGUAACGCUGUUUGGACCUGCUGAGCUUCCAUACAGGAUGUCAAACUCAUGGAAAAACAAGUGGAAACAUUCAACUUGUGCAUGGAAACAGAAAAUAGUACAUACAGUACAGGCCAGUACAGGCCAAAAGUUUGGACACACCUUCUCAUUCAAUGCGUUUCCUUUUUAUUUUCAUGACUAUUUACAUUGUAGA